AAUUGACAUUCAUUAAAUUACUGUUAUUUCAAAACAGAAACAAUAAAACUGUUUUCAGAUGUAAAAAUAUUGUUACUGAUAUGUCAAUAAACAAGAAUAUAUAUAAUUAUCAUGGAAAAAAUAUCAACAGAUAAAGAAUAUUUGACUUACCUCUCCUCUUUCCAUAAAAUGUGGUUGUUGGUAUGGCGGCCAUCUUGAUAAAGAAAAAAAGUAAAGUUCCCUGCAUGCAAACCCAUCACAUGACAUAUCACUGGAAAGCCCAGGAUGUCCUCUACAGACAACCUUCUGUCACUUUUCCACUGUCCAUUCUUUCUGUAAGCUGUGGGCCUUGGCAGAUACGACACAACUUUUUUUUGGCCCUCCUCACCAGUUUGUCCACCCUUUUUUUGUCCCGGGCAGAGAUGCUGCCUGCUCAGCAGACCACACCAUAAAAAAUGGCUGAUGCCACCACAGAGUCGUUGAAGCUGUAUUCCAAAAGGCUCUCAGCCUCCUGAGAAGGAAGAGUCUGUUUUGGCUCUUUUUGUUGAGGUGAACACCCUUGUAGGAGGUGACUCUCCCGAUGUCUGUUCCCUGGAUGUUCACCAGUGCGGGUGGGGUGUGUUGGCGUCUGCUGAACUCCACCACCAGCUCCUUGGUUUUACCAACGUUGAUGUGGAGGUCGUUACCCUGGUGGCAGGUUGGAGUGUUGUACCCAAAGUAUAGAGAGUGAACAGAAAAUGAGCCAAAACUGUUUCCUGUGGUGCACCUGUGCUACAGAGAAGCAUGUCACUGCUCUGCGUCCUCACAUACAGUGACCAAGUAGUGCAAAACGACUUCGACAUGAUGACUUCGAACUUGAUUCAGUGCAGCUUUCAGAAAAAGUGAAACUGUCUCAGUAACGCUGAAGGAUUAACAGAGCGGUUACAACACAAUCUGGCUGCAGUCUAUUUGAAAAUGCAAACUAUUCUCCGUGCAUCACAGAAGGCACCACAGGAUAUCAUUGACCUUACAGAUCAGUCGUUUUCACUAUCAUAACCCAAAAAUUGCACAAAGAAUGUGUGGUUUAUUGGGCGUUAGCUAACUGGCCAGUUAAGAACGACUCAGCCCUCCACUCUACUCAGAUGGCCCUUCUGUGCAGUUCAGAUGAUGUAUGACACUUUGGAUAUGGAAAACCUUGGAGUUUUUGCACCUCUCGUGAGUGACCUAAAAACUCAUGGAAACUCAUUGGCUACGUUUUUUGGGGGGGUAAAACUAAAGAAAUAUGAAAACAAUAAUAAUGAUAAUUUACCUUGACAUCUCUCAUACAAGUUACUGUACACUCUAAUUUGCAUAUUCUGGAACACCAGCCAGUUCAUAUCAUCAAAGCACAUUCCGGGUUCUGUUUGCUAGAACACGUUCCUUUGAUCGCUGAGAGAGCUCACACACGCACACACGUGUUGGAUCCACAUUCACUUGUUACUGGAAGUUAUCAGAUUUGAAAUUUCUGUAAUAUCAUCAUGGCAAAUAACAACUCUGAACGCCUGAGCGACACUAAGAAGGAAUCGCUCAAGAAGAACUUGAAGAGAAAAGUCAGAGAAGGUGAAGAUGGACUCUCAAAGACAAAGAGGAGAAGACUGAACUACAACCAGGCUGAGAAGGAAUCAGGAUCGGCCUCGUCUGCGGACACUGGCAAUGAGAGCAGCAGCACACAGUCCAGUAGGUGCGGUACAACAGUGGAGGAUGUGAGCAAGAGGACUGGAAAGAGGAAGGCUGCCGCUGAUGAAGAAGAACCCUGCGCAAAGAGAAGGAAGGGCCGGCCAACCAUGAAGGAUUUGAUAGAUUCCCGAAGAGCUGAAUUUGAGGCCAAAUACCAGCAGGAGAAUCAUCUCGGCGAAGGAGGCUGUGGAUGUGUGUUUGCUGGCUACCGCAAAGCAGAUCAUUUACCUGUUGCCAUCAAACACAUAGCAAAAGACAAAGUGUUGUGCAAAGAGAGACGAAAUGGGAAAGAACUCUCAGCUGAGGUGGCUGUGAUGUUAAAACUCCAAGCUGGAAGAACUGGAUUAAUGGAGGAAUCAGCACCCGUGUCACUCCUGGACUGGUAUGAUCUGGACCAGGAGCUGAUCCUGGUGCUGGAAAGACCAAUGCCAUGUAUGGACCUUUUAAAUUACAUCAGGACAAACAGAGGCCACUUACAGGAGGACAAGGCAAAGAUCAUACUUAAACAGUUGGUUGAUGCAGCAAAUGAACUCGAGGAUAAGCGCAUCUUUCAUCGGGAUAUCAAACCGGAAAACAUCCUGAUUGAGACCAGCUCAGAUGUGCCGCGUGUUCGUGUCAUUGACUUUGGACUGAGCUGUUUCUUCAAGAAAACAUCAGUUUACCGUGUCUUCUGUGGUACCCCCCAACACGUCCCUCCGGAGUGGUACAGUCAUUAUACCUACAGGCCCGGCCCCACCACAGUGUGGCAGAUGGGAGUGGUCUUAUAUGAGCUGCUCCACAGAACAGUCCGAUUUGAUACCACAAGUUUCCUCAGACAUGAGCUGCCAAUCAGGGAUGAGCUGUCCAGAGAUUGCCAGGAUUUCUUACAGAAGUGUUUAAACACAUCCUACAUGCUGCGACCUACCCUGAAGGAGCUCCAGCUUCACCCAUGGCUCAGAUAAACCAACACUACACUCACACACGAGUUCAUGCCAAUACAAUACAUUCACAAUACAAGAACUAAUUCUGUUCUCGUUUUUCUUCACCAGGACCGUCCGCCAUGCUUAUACAGGUUUUCUCCGGGUGCUCCGGUUAGACCAACUGCAGUUCCUUUAGGCCCCCCGGCCGUCCGCGGAGAGGAGGAUCUCUCUUUGAAUUGCCUUUCCCGAGGUUUCUUCCCAUUUUUCAUCUGGCCUCAAGGUUUUGGGGAGUUUUUCCUCGUCUUCUUAGAGAGCUUGGGCCGGGUCAGGAGCUGCUUAUGAUUUGUGCUUAUGACGAAAGCCAUAUCACAUCAUAAGGAAAAAAAAAUGGAUACUAAUCUAUCAACUGGUCAUUUUGUGAUAUUAAACUAGAAUAAUAAUAAAAAAGAAACAACUUAGA